CAACCUUUCUCAUUUAUCACCGCAACAAAAGAAGAAAAAGUAAAUCUCCGGGUCAUCGAAUUUCACGCGGUUGCAUGAUUACCUCGGUCUUUUUUUAUGCAAUCGCAUGUGAUACGUGAUUCGGAGAGCGGGGCACAAGUCGUCUUACGAGGGAGUGGGAGGAAAGGGAAGAGAGAGAGAAAGAGAUAGAUAAUCCUUCCGAUCUUCGUUAUAUCAAGCGGAAGGAGUAAUGUCAGACUUGUACUCGCGCUCUCCUUUGAGAUUUCACUUUCCUCUUGUGAACGCGUAUAAUGCCAACUCUCAGCAACGAGCACAGUGGAAAAAAAGACAUUUGCAAUUUUGCCGCCUGAAAAAAGAGAAGAGGAAUUCUCUUUCAUUCAGACGUGAUCGUGCUAAUCGGCUGAAGGCGAUCAGCCAUAGCGGGUGAUCUCGUGAUUACUCCCCGUGACCGAUCGGAAGGCGAGACCAACGAAAGAGCUGUCGAUGAUCCCGAGAAAAAUGACGAAGUCUCGCGUGCACGCGUGCACCAUGCUGUGCCAGGCAUGAAGACGCAUCCAGUAUCAUCCUGAGUCAUUUAUCAUCGUUCCACGCGCCUCGCAGGUUAUGUGAGACUCGUGGAUCGCUCGGAGGGACGAUCGGAGGGACGUAGACGAGUUAUGGUGUACACCCCGGUCUCUCGUGAGCGUCAUCGCUUGUGAAGGCCUAAUGGAGCGGAACGGUGCCCGAGAGAUGGAGGAGCGUAGAUGCAUUCGAGAUACUGGAAGGGCCCUGAAGAAGUACGGGAGCACAGCCAAGCACAUGACACGGACCGAGAGCUUGGUGAAGCACACGGUGUGCCCCACGGACACCCUCCAAGGGAUAGCACUUAAAUAUGGAGUUACGACGGAACAAAUAAGAAGGAUUAACCGAUUAUGGGCGUCAGAUAGUUUAUUUUUACGAGAGCAUUUGCUUAUUCCCGCUAGUGCGGAAAGUCCUGCUUCUACAUAUAAUGAUGAGCCGGUAGUUUCUGAAGAAUCCGAUAUCCCUCCAAAUAUAUCUAGUCCUUCUUCAAUAUCAUCAUCGAUUGGUGACGAAAAUUCCAUUAAUGAUUUCUUAGCUAAGAUGGAUACUUCUAUAGCUAAUGCUAAGAGAGAUGUUAAGCGUGCUCAAGGGAAUAGUGAAUUUUGCGUUGACAGCAAUGACAUUUAUGUACAACGACGGCGUGGAUCUGCUAAAUUACGAAAUUCAUUUCCUACCACGUCAAAUACUUAUUCGACGUCCUCCUCUGAUCCUGUCAGACCAGUGUCCUCUAGUGAUAUGCAUAACUUUCCAACUGCUGUGGUUAUGACGCAAGGAAGAAGAGUAAAGACUUCCUUACAAAGACUCGAGCAGCAGCAAGACGAAAUGUUCCAGUUGUAGCGUUUAAGUUUUAUUGGGCUGUAAUAUCCUGUGUGUGUCGACUGUUAUUAAAAAAGCUUGUAGGAAAGGAUGUACUGUAUAUCAAUGCGAAUAGGAUAUCGUUUAUUAUGUCUAACGUUGAUAGAUCCAGUUAUCUUGAUUUAACUACGUUAAACUGCACGGCUCUCUUUCUCUUUUCUCUCUCUCAUUCACGUGAAAGAUUGUAUCCUGCAGCUAAUCUAAGUAAUAUUCUUAAGAUUUACAUUAUUAUUAUAUCUCGAUUUUAUAACUCUUUCUCAUUAUAGUAAUAUCACAAUGACUGGAUCAGCUAAUCUUUGUAUGCAACACUAAACACUAAACUGUUUUACAUAACGUUGCUUAGUGGACCACAUGUGCCUUGAAUAUUAAUGUCUGCAUUAUGCAAGGAUCCUCUUCAUGCUUCAUUUUUUUUCCGAUUAAGUCGCAUAAAAAUCGAUGUUUUCUUUUUCAAAGGCUUUAUUUUUUAUUUUCUGUUUUUAAUUUUUUUGAAUACUGUGAUGAUCUACCUAAAAAUUUGGCAAAAAAAA